AUGGCUUUUCCUGGAGCCGAUGGCCAUCUGUGGCAAUGCACGGUAGGCCAGCCCAAGGUGCGCAUCCGCGGGCCGCAGGACUUGAAAGGUGUCUGCGUGGAGGCAGUGGCAGAUGCCGAAGUCGAUGAGACACUGUUGGCGGAGGUGCCCUUACUGGCCACCCCACCCUCCUCGCCAGCGCAGCGGAAACGCGUAGAUGCUUUUUGCAAGACGCUGCCCGAGGACACCAGGGAAGACCGUUUGGUUGCACUGCUGACUAGACGCUGGAUUCCCGUCCUUUGCGCCUUUGCCGAUGCGCCGAAGGAUACCCAAGAAGCCGUGUUGAGCUUGCAGUCGGACUUUGAAAUUCCUGAGUGCGGCAUGGCUCUGGCGACGGACCGCGUGGCCACCGCUUUAAGCCUUUGCGGAGUGUGCUCGGGCACGAUACCGAAGUCCAUCUCCCGGUCAAAGCUCUCCCGGGAGCGGAUGCAGGAAGUGCUGAAUGUCAUGGUCAUCAAUGCUGCAGACACUCUUCCAGACGGCGGCGAGGCCGUCUUCUGCAUCGGGGCCCUCUUCGAGCACUCUUGCGAACCCAACGCCUGCUUCUACCUCAGCUCGGGGGAUGCCUCCCUGGCUGCGCGGCUGGGGCUCAAAACCUCGGCGAAGCGAAUCUGGAUAGGG